AUGCAAAGACCCUCAAUCUCCCUGGCCGGAGGCAAAGCCCGCUGCGGGGUGGCAGCAGAGGUACUGGAUUGUGGUUCCCAAGUCCGCUUGAGACCACGAGGAGCAGCACUGCCAACCUCAGAAAGGACAGCAUGGCUGAGCGUUCAGGAGAGACCUGCACCUGGGAAGAAGCCACGGCUCGCCAAAAAUGCCGGCUUCGCUUCGGCUGCAGCCUUCGCUUCGCUCUUGUCCAGCGAGUCUUUGCUCUUGGCAAGGCUCGACCACUUCCACGCCACCAUGGCGAUCAUCGACAUCAUCAUUGUCAUCAUCAUCGCUGCCUACACCAUCAGGCCAAAUGGUCGAUGGGGUCAUGGCUGA